CACCGAAUCUACUGCAGGAAGUUCACCAUGUUCCUCAACACAGCAGAGCUUCUGAAGCUGAGGAGGAGAUAAUCCGGACCGACUGGGGAGAAUCGGAUCAGAAUCGGAUCUGAUGUCCAGGAUGAAGUGUUGAUGUUACACAUGGAUCACACACACACUUUCCUGCUGGGCUUCAUCACAGUGGCCCUAUGCAAAUACGCCCAGGCUGAAUGGAAUUCGACCGGCGGCUCGCCGAACGCCACGGUGUCCUGCGGUCACCAUGACAACAACAGCAACUGCACAGAUGGAAAGGUCGUCCACAGCUGGAGUGACCACUUCUCCGAAUGUCCUGAACAAUAUUUGAAUUACUGUAUACACGGGACCUGCCAGUUUGUCCAGGAGCAGAACGUACCGUCCUGCAGGUGUGAUAGUGGGUACGUGGGUGCCAGGUGUGAAUACAUCAACUUCGACUGGUUGGUGGAGGACCGGACGAAAAUAUUAAUCGGCGGCAUCGUAGCCGUGCUGGCAUUUCUGCUCUUCGUCAUCGCCAUCGUCUGCGUCUGUAUAAACAGACGAAAGCGGAGACGAAAACAGAACCAGGGCGACGAGGAGAAGAAGCUGAACACGAUCAAACCGGACGGAUCUUCUGAACCCGCGGACAUGUCUGAUACCAACACGGUAUGAGUACUGUGGAGAGCGACUGCUGGGAUUUCUCCUGCUGGACGGGAUGUUGUCCUGACCGACAAGUGAAGACAUCACGUGGACCGGGUGGAUGCGGCGUGCGGUCCGAAACGUCUUCUGUUGCGUAUUUCAUCGUUUAUUAAAGACUGCUUUCUCAGAUACAUACGAUCCGUCAAUAAGGAAGCAUAAGGGCUGGCACGUGCUUCCUUCUGGACAUGUAAGGCUGGUUAAGCAGUGUGGCACCUGUAGGGGGCGCUAGACGCCUUUUUCUCUGCGUGUGUGCUCUAAGACGGUCGAGACUGGAUUGUGUUGAUUUAUUAGGAAGGUGGAAGGGAACAGGAACGAUUUGGGACCCUGGAUUUGCUGCGGCAUCGUAGAUCCGAACCCAUGACCUUUCGAGGUGGAUGAUUUUCCGUCGCACCCUUCAAGGGCCCCGAAUUUUCACUAAGGAAAAAGUUCGGCUAAGGAACCUUUUUAAGGUGGAAUGUUUUGUUUUUUGAACGUUUUGGCAUUUCUGUUAGUAAAACUAGACAGAACUCACCGUUCCACCUUAAAAAAUUGCUGGAACACGUGUCACUAUCCACAGUCAAGCAAGCUUUAUGUCUCGCUAAAAUCAUCACCUUCGUGCCUUCUGAAAAAGAGAAGUUUGGUCUAAAGGAACAAGAAGGAAAAAAGGCGAGGCUUUAAACCCAACAACGUGACCUAAUGUUAGAUGUGCUUCCCACAGGCACAGUCCAAAAUCCUAUAUGCAAAGGAACGGGAGGAUGUUUGGAAUUAAGGUUCAUAAAGACGUGGUUGGACGAGUGAAGGGCGUUUUUUUGUCAUGUAGUGUGUGUGUGUGUGUGUGUGUGUGUGUGUGUGUGUGUGUGUGUGUG